CCGGCGUGGCCAAUGGGCGGGCGGCACUACUGGCUUUCCGCCCACCUGCCCUGGUACCCGCAGCUUUCUGGCUGCCCAGCCAUGGCCCGCUUGCUCAGGACUGUGACCUGGGGGCUGUUCCCCUGGAGGGGCUACUGCUCUAGGGCGACGCAGGCUGAAGUCAGCAAGGACUUUGUGGAGGCCCUGAAGGCGGUGGUGGGGACUCCCCAUGUGUCCACUGCCGCUGUGGUCCGAGCACAGCAUGGGCAGGAUGAGUCGAUGCACAGGUGCCAACCUCCAGAUGCUGUUGUGUGGCCGCAGAAUGUGGACCAGGUCAGCCAGGUGGCAGCCCUGUGCUAUAGCCAAGGUGUGCCCAUCAUCCCAUUUGGCACAGGCACCGGGCUUGAGGGUGGCGUCUGCGCUGUGCAGGGUGGUGUCUGUGUUAAUUUGACCCAUAUGGACCGAAUCCUGGAGCUGAAUGCAGAAGACUUCUGUGUGGUGGUAGAGCCUGGCGUCACUCGCAAAACUCUUAACACCUACCUGAGAGACAGUGGCCUCUGGUUUCCUGUGGACCCUGGAGCAGACGCCUCUCUCUGUGGCAUGGCAGCCACUGGGGCCUCAGGCACCAAUGCGGUACGCUAUGGCACCAUGCGGGAAAACGUGCUCAACCUGGAAGUGGUGCUGCCUGACGGGCGACUGCUUCACACGGCAGGCCGAGGCCGCUAUUUCCGGAAAAGUGCGGCCGGCUACAACCUCACGGGGCUCUUUGUGGGCUCUGAGGGGACAUUGGGCCUCAUCACAGCCACCACCCUACGCCUGCACCCUCUCCCUGAGGUCACUAUGGCUGCCACCUGCGCAUUCCCCACUGUCCAGGCUGCUGUGGACACCACUGUACACAUCCUCCAGGCUGCAGUGCCUGUGGCCCGAAUUGAGUUCCUGGAUGAAGUCACAAUGGAUGCCUGCAACAGACACAGCAAGCUGAACUGCUCCGUGGCGCCCACACUCUUCCUCGAGUUCCAUGGCUCUGGGCAGGCGCUGGCAGAGCAGGUGCAGCAGGCAGAGGAGAUAGCUCAGCACAACGGAGCCUCCCACUUCUCUUGGGCCAAGGAGGCUGAGGAACGCAGUCAGCUCUGGGCAGCGCGGCACAAUGCCUGGUAUGCUAUCCUGGCCCUGCAGCCAGGCUGCAAGGGCUAUUCCACCGAUGUGUGCGUGCCCAUCUCCCGGCUGCCAGAGAUCGUGGUGCAGACCAAGGAGGACUUGAAGGCCUUGGGACUCACAGGAGCCAUUGUUGGGCAUGUGGGCGACGGCAACUUCCACUGCAUCAUGCUGGUCAACCCAGAUGACACCGAGGAGCUCCACAGGGUUGAGGCCUUUGCAAAACAACUGGGCAGGCAGGCUCUGGCUCUGCACGGGACGUGCACUGGAGAACAUGGCAUUGGGCUGGGCAAGCGGCAGCUACUGCAGGAAGAGGUGGGCGCCGUGGGCAUAGAGACCAUGAGGCAGCUGAAGGCCACUCUGGAUCCGCGAGGCCUCAUGAACCCAGGCAAGGUGCUGCAGUGAGAUGCUCUGGAUACUCACAAUACCCAGACUUUGGUGCCCCUGUUCUGGAACUUUCCUUCAUGCCACCAGCCCUUCAAGAUUCUGUGUUCACAUGCCAGCUAGCCCUCUAAAUCUGGGGUCCAUGGCCAUAAGGCUGGAAGAGAACUCUGGGUACUGGGCUCCUCCCUGGCCCCCUUGCUACUCCAGGGAGCCUUUUAUCCAGUAAAUGACCCAGGCUGGUUCUGGUAAA